AUGGCUCCCGAAGGUGGUGAAUCGCCGCCUCCCUCGCGCCAGACGGGAAAGCAGCUGCAUGAGACCCCUGGCUCUGGCACCUCGAAGCCCAAGGGCGAGGCCAAGGAGGACUGGAAGGAGCAGCCUGGCAACAAGGGAACGGAGGGCCUGACGUCGAACCCUAGAGGUGUGCUCGAAGAUGAGGUAGAGAAGAAGUUCGCCAAAACUGCGAAAUAA